AUGACUGUCAGCGCUCCCGAAGUGAUUGUGCCCAAGAAGGUCCUGUCGGCGUCUAAGGGCGCUGAUCGAGACGCUGACUCGGGCACAUUUACGCUGUCCAAUGGCAAGGUUUCAGAGCCCACCGCAAGAGCUAGCAUUGUGUUCGACUAUGAAAUAUGCAUAGGUGGAAUUCCAUUCAUCGUCAUAGAACGCGCACAUGGCAAUGGGCCGAUACAGCUUCAAGCUGUUUACAGCGAGACAAUCGGGGGAAUUGAUUGCGAGACUGGAGAUGGACCAUUCUUUUUCUUUUCUAAUGCAAUGGAUUGCUACCGCAAUGUUGCCAUCAAGAUUGAUCCAUCUGAAUCACAGCAAACAAUCAAGGCAAACCUUGCGCAAAGAUCGCAGAGAUACCUUAAGCUUGUGCUUAUCUCCGAAGAUGCGUCCGUUGUUAUUAGUCGAGUUGGGGUUGAGCUUGUCAGGCCAUUCAUUGAGCCAAAGGCUUCUUUUUACUGCUCCGACGAAACUCUCAACCGAAUCUGGAGGGACGGUGUACGCACUGUGGACAUGUGCACCGUCCUCAAGGGCGAGACUGCUCCAUCAUGGGAAGUCACGAAUGACGGCACUAUAGUUCUUGGUCAGCACUGGGCUCCCUGUCGACAGGGAACUCGGUGGGGAGACAAAGAAGUCACAUUUGAAGUCCGAAUUGAGCAUCUUGGUGCCAGCUGGGGCGUUCAUAUGGUAGCCAACGGAGUUAUCUUCUGCCUCGACAUCGACGCCGAGGAGCUCCGAGCGUACGAAGGCCUGGCUGACCAAUCUGCGGUGUUCCCCGUGAAGAGCUUUGGAAGUUGGUCGACUCACGGCAUUGCAAAGAAAGGAGACUGGAUCCGUAUUUCAACGAUUACCAAGGGGAAUGCCAUUGCAGUCACAAUCAAUGACCGGGAGGUUGCGACAAUCGCAGACGUUCAGCUUCGACCGAUCCUUGGAGGAUCAGGCAUCAACACCGGGUCUGUGGCGUUUGGAGGACCCAAUGGAUGGCUGGCAGUCUAUCAAAACCUUGCUGUGAAAGGUGCCGGUGAGGUCCUCUACGAGAACAGCUUGCGACUCGAGGACAAGGACAGGACACUGGCUGAUUUCCAAGUCGGGACAAAUGCCGUGGCUUGCAUGAUCGAUGGAGCAAAGAGAGACAGAGCCACGUUUGGUGGAGAUUUGUUUGUCUCUGGUCGUGGAGUCGCUUACGCUGGGCUGGACAUGGCCGCAGUUGCCGGCAGCAUUGAGCUUCUUUCCAGUCACCAGACUGAGGAUGGGUAUCUCGGUAACCUGUGUCCCAUCCAAGCACCCAUCCACACAGGCGAUGCGCCACCACCGACAUAUGCGUUCUACUCCAUGACAUACGCAUGCCUCCUGGUGGUUGCUGUGAAGGAUUACUGGUUGCAUUCCGGAGACGACGAGGUUGUUAAGCGGUUCCUCCCCGCUGCCGAAAAUCUCUUGAAGUUCGCAGAAUCACAUUUGAAGCCGUCGGGCCUCAUCGAGAAUGUUUGCUGA